GUUACAAGGACCAUCAAUUUCCAAUGGCACUGGUCGUGUGGAAGUACUGUACAAUGGACGAUGGGGAACAAUCUGUCACAAUUAUUGGGAUAUAAAUGAUGCUAGGGUUGUAUGUCGUCAACUUGGGUAUCCAUAUGUUGCUAGAGCUCUUCAAGGGAACGAUGUUCCUGAUGGAACUGGGCAGAUAUGGUUAAAUUAUGUCAGAUGUACUGGAAAUGAAGACAAUUUAGUAAGUUGUUAUCAUAAUGGAUGGGGAAAUCAUUAUUAUUGCAGUCAUUAUCAAGACGCUGGAGUAGAAUGUUCUUUUACAG